AAUAAUGCACCAGUGAACACGGCAACCUCAACUCUCAAGCAUCCUCGUCUCGUACUUGGAACUCAUGAAAUCGCAAUCCCAUUUGUACGAAUGCCAUACUGUGUUUGUGCGUUUUUGCGUAUGGAGGUAUUUAUUUUAGUCCGUAGUCAAGUAGCAAUGAGUGGUUACUGGUUUAUGUCGCUAAAUCCACUUUUAGCUGUGUUCGCUACUUUGCUUUCUUGAACACACCCCACUGAGUGCGAGUACCCAGAUAUUGUUCAAGGGGAAUAAUGGCUGCACAGGAGCCGUCUCCACCAUCUUCCCUGGAAGGAAACAAACCAGGCUUCCCAAAGAAAAUUUUGGCCAACAACCUGGAGGAUAAACAUUUGUGUAAUUCUUGCCUGAAAAUCCUACGAAGGCCCUUACAGGCGCAAUGUGGUCACCGCUUUUGUUCGUACUGUUUCAACAAAAUAGUGAGUUCUGGACCCGAGAAAUGCAACGCGUGCAUCAAAGAAGACUUGUUUGAGGAACCCACCUCAAUUCUCAAACAAGGAGGUGCUUUUCCAGACAAUGCAGCCCGGAGAGAAGUGGAGGUCUUGGUAGCUGUAUGCCCCAAUGAAGGAUGCACAUGGACAGGGACUAUUAAAGAUUUUGAGGCUAGUCAUGAGGGCCACUGUGACUUUGCCAUCAUCUUGUGCCCUUCCUGCAAAGAGUUGAUGAGAGCCAACGAACAGGAACGCCACGAUGAGCGAGAAUGUCCAGAGAGGACACUCAACUGCAAAUACUGUAAAGAACCAUUCAUUUUAAAGAACAUCAAGGCCCAUGAUGAAAUUUGCCCGAAGUAUCCAAUGAUCUGUGACGGUUGUGCAAAAAAAAAGAUACCCAGAGAAAAGUAUGUGGACCAUAUUAAGUUCUGCAGUAAAUUUAAAGCACCAUGCAGAUUUCAUGUUGUUGGCUGCGAUACAUCUGUGGAAAAGGAGAAGAUCCAUGACCAUGAGCGUCAAUGUUCGUACGAACACCUCAACCUGCUUCUGCAUUUUAUCAUGGGCAUCAAGGUGAGCCUGGAGAGCCUACAGCCUCAGAGCCUGGAGGUAGCGGGCCACAAGCUGCAGGAGCUCCACCAGUCUCUCAGAGACUUAGAACUCAAGAUGAGCCACCUUGGUGGAGGUGGCGCUGCAGCUUCCAUGCAGGGUUCCUUCACGCCACUGCCCAGCACUGUGGGAGCUGCCCUGGAACUGCAGGUCCAAAAUGAAAAGACCAAGGUAGUCGAGCUGAGCCGACGAUGCCAAGAGCUGGAGCUUAAAGUGAAUACGUUCGAGGACAUUGUUUGCGUCCUCAACCGAGAGAUGGAGUGCUCCUGCACAACCAUGGAAGCCUACAACCGGCAACACAGACUGGACCAGGACAAAAUUGAGAUCCUUAAUAACAAGGUUCGUCAGCUGGAGAGAACAGUGAGUCUGCGGGACUUGUCCAUCGUUGAGAUGGAGGGCAAGAUGAGGGAGAUGUCAGCAGCCACUUAUGAUGGGAUCUUUGUGUGGAAGAUCUCCGAUUUUACAAAGAAGAGGCAGGAUGCCGUCGCUGGCCGAGCUCCUGCUAUGUUCUCUCCUGCCUUUUAUACGAGUAAAUAUGGCUACAAAAUGUGCUUGCGAAUCUACCUAAAUGGAGACGGGACAGGAAGGGGCACCCACUUAUCUCUGUUCUUUGUGGUGAUGAGAGGACACAGCGACGCCCUACUUAAGUGGCCUUUUAAUCAGAAGUGCUUGGUCAAAGCAGCAAGUCUUUUCAAGUCAUUGGGUUCAAGUCCAAGUGAAGUCAUGACUCACAGCUGUUCAGGUCACUCUAAUGCUGCUGGACCAGAACAACAGGGAGCACAUCAUCGAUGCGUUCCGGCCCGACAUCUCGUCCUCUUCCUUCCAGAGGCCCGUCAGCGAUAUGAACAUUGCCAGUGGCUGCCCGCUCUUCUGUCCGCUCUCCAAGUUGGACUCUAAAAACUCUUACAUUCGCGAUGACACCAUCUUCAUCAAGGCCAUUGUAGACCUCACUGGGCUCUAGGUUUAAAUCAGGGAUUCAUUUUUUUUUUUUUUUUUGUCAUUUGCAAUAUGCAAGAGUUGGAAACUAACUGUCACUGUUUCUCAUAGUGUACCAAUAUAUUACAGCAUUUUUUAAAAACAUGGACAAAAAUAUUUAUUGAUCACCAAAAGAAAUUGCUGUGUAACACUAUGUAACUGGUGACAGGUGUUUUUUAAAAAUUGACCAACAUAGAUUAGCUGGUAUAGAUACAGUGAGAUGACAUUGCACCUGCUUCUUGUAACAGAGUUGAAGCCCAUAGUGUUAGUAAGAUUCAGGAAAUAUGAGACCAAGAUUCAGUGUCGCUCAUUUUAACACCUGUCUUUGAGUUUUCCUCUUCAAAUGUACAUGAUUCUCUAACAUACGGUGCAAAUGACUUUGGACAUCAAUGGGAAGAUAACAGGUACCAACAAAUUUGUACUGUUCAGAAGUUCUCAAAAGAACUGUAUUAUAGCUGCAUUUACUUGCUUUAAUUUGUAUUUGAAAGCAGUAUGACGAUACCACUUAGCUUUUUGAACACUUGAGUGCAGUGAUCAACAGUCUGUGGUUGUGGACAAUGAAUUCCAUGAAUUCUUCGUGCAGUAUUUUAGUCAUGAUUGUUGUGCAGUUGUGUAUAUCGGAAUGUAUGAGCGUGUCCUUUUUUAUUCUUGGGUUUUGUAACAAUAGUAGUCAAGAUGAAUUGCCAAAUUCCACCAGAUUAAAUCAUUUUGACAGUACCUAUGGCCAUAUUUCACCAUUUUAAUACUUCAGUUUAACAAUGACCGUUUUACUAAUAUAGUCGUGUAACAAAUGUACUAACUAACAUUGUCAUAGUCUGAGAUUAUUGUGUAUUCAAAAUGUACAUACUGUAGCUAUUAAGGUCAAAUGGGACUUCCAGUUAUGCCUAUUAUUGUCUUUUACUUGCACUAAAAUACUAUUUCAGUGUUUCAAUAUGAUAAACCCUUAAUAAGGAGGAGGAACUCAAUGAUUGAUUAACAGUACUUUAUCUGUGCCAUCAUAAAUCGUCGGUAUGUACAUAUAAAAGGACAUUAUCCAAAAAGUUGGUGUACUUUUUCUUUACCAUUUUUAAAAACAAAUUAUUUUACAUUAAACAAAAACUUAUCAGCUAGGAUAGGCUCACACGAUCCUGAACGGGAUCAGCGGUCAAAGAUGAAUGAAUCAUCACGGAAAGCCCAUUACUGUUUGCGGUGAUUGUAUGAGCAUUUUUGACUGCCAUUAAUAAUCUUAAAAAUAUCUAUGUGUACACUUAUUCAAAUGUACACAUAUAUCUACAGUCAUAUGUAUUCUGUGGCCAAAAACACAAUACAUCCCCACGAAAAAUCAAUUUGGACCCUGUUCAAUUUGUCUUGUACCUUCCUGCGUGUUAUUUUGAUCAGUGUGUACACUGCAGUAUUAUAAGGAGUUUUUUGUUCUUGUCAUUUUAAAGACUGCUUGCUGCAUUAUUGGUGUCUGAAUAGCUAUCAGGUAUAAAGUUAUUUUGCCAUUAAUUCAACAUUGUUCUUCAUCACUUCAUCAUAGGGUGAUCCUGCUCUAGCUGCGGGGGAGGCCUUGUUAUAAAUAUUGGACAUUCAUGAUCACUUUUAUUUUUUUAAUUAGUAAAAUACAAACUGUACCCCCCACCGCUUGCCUUAACUCAGCUGGGGAUAGAUUCCAACUCAACCGUGACCCUCAUGAGGAUAUGCAGUAUAGAAAAUGGACGGCUGGUUGGAUGGUUGAAUGAAUCUGACGUUUUACUGAGGAGCAAUCACCUAAAAAUUCUGAAUUUGUGUGUCAAAAAUAAUCACAAUUACAUUGUUACAUGCACAUAUGUUUUACCCAUUUGUUUUGUUUGUGGUUGUAGUUAUGAUGAAACAUGAACCAGACCUUUUUCAGUCUAACCCUAAUUCUUGUCAUAAUUAACCAUAUGGGGUCUAUAUUUAUAUCUAACUAGUGAAUCUGUAACAUUGCUUUGCAAGUAAGAACAUUUUUCGAAAACACUUUCUUGGUUACACUUCCAAAUGUGUGUACUUUUGCUUCUGCUUCACACACAAAUGUGGAGGCUGGAACUGUAGAACCGAUAGGCCUGAGGAAGGAGAGCAGUUCAAAGUGACAGAAAAAAUAUGUUAUGGUAGUAUUUUUGGCGGCUUUAUGACUAAUAAUCUACUAUUUGCAUAAAAAGUGCCUGUAUAUUUUUUUAUGUUCCAUGAACUCACUGAAUUCUGAAUGUGUUUUUAUAACAAACCCCUUUUAAACUUGUUUUUGUGUAUUUGUUUUUCAAUUAUUUGUCAUUGUUUUACCCUUUGAUUUGGUGAAUUCUCAGUGACAAACAUUGUUUUAUUAAUUAGAAACUCGAAAUGAAUGUAAAUAAAUUAAAAAAAAACAAUUCUGACAGAUACUGCAUGUAUAUAUGGCCGGGGUCCACUGGGACUAUUCGCUAGGGAUAUGGACCGAGCCCAACCGCGAAUAUCUUAAGACAACAAUAAUAACAAAACAAGGAAAAUAGAAUAUACAGUACACAUGAGUGAGUUAGGUGAGUCGUGUGUCUUAAUACAAAGCAACUCACCACAUCUGUCAUCAAUGGGUGAGAAAAACUUUCCCCAAUUUUUUUACUUUUCAAAGUGGUUUUGAGGUGCAUGAAAUAAUAGUCAACUCAUCUUCUAAUCUCAAAUCCUCCACUCUCCACAUUCUCUUAUGAAUUCAUCAUUUGUUGUCAAAGUUAAGCGCUUUCUUGUUUUCAGGUUUUAAUGGUAACGGUUGUACACAGGUAUAACACACAGCAACAUUAAUAGUUUUACGAUGCCUGUCCUCUUCUGGAAUGAAUUUAUUUUUCUAUCAAUUAUAAUGUGUCAACCAAUGUUGCUGAACUGACUGAUUUCCCAGGUUCAACGAAAUGCUAAACUGGCCAGUUUAGACAUAUAUUGAGUUUCAAAUAAUAGUGUGUCAUGUCUGCUUUUUAGGGUUUGCAUCUAUGCUUCUAGAUUUCUUCCAAGUAUUUCAUUGCCCUGCCAUUUUUGUGUGUGACAAAUUUC